GGAGCCUCUGCAGUCAGUGUGAGCGGAGCAUCUGGAGGAGAGCUGGCCGGCUAGGGUGGUGGUGGAGGACGGGGAGAGCGAAGCAGAAGGAGGAUCCGGGAGUCAGCGAAAACAAAAAAGGGCGAAGCGGGGGAUCCUAAAGAAGGAGGGUCAUCAUUUUUUUCCUUUUUUGUUCUUUUAUUUUUGUUUUGAUCUUUUUUUGACUUCUGCAUUGUGUUCAACAGUCACAAUGCCGUCCAACUCAGUCACAACCUCCACCACAUUCAAGAGCUCUGACUUCAACUGUGACACGAAUGUGAGUCAAAUGAAUGAGAGCUCUAGAAUGGACACGGUGAUUAUUGAUGAAAUGCCUUCGCUCUGCACUCCUGUCCGUAAGGUUGGACGGCCUGGCCGCAAACGCAAGCACUUCCCUCACAAAGGGGUGGAGCUCCAGUCGUCUUUGCAGUCUCAGAAUGGAGAUGUUGAGAAGCACGAGAACAAGUCCUGUGAAGGUUGCCACUCCACACCAGAUAAGAAUGCUGCAGAAAACGGGCUCCCUCACCAGUCAGCCUGUCGGGCCGAGUCAGCCUCCGAUUCGAGCAUGAUCCUAUCCCUGGAGAACGGAUUUGUUGUCAGCCAGAUCAAGCCGAAAUCUGAAAAGUACGAAGAGGACACACUGCCAACUCUGCCUCGCAAGAAACGAGGGAGACGAAAACUGGAGCGGCCAACAAAAUACGUGGAGCACAAGGAGGACGAGGCUGGGGACUCUGCAAAGAACGAGGGAGCACGAGGGAGGCUCCGUGGGGGAGUGGGCUGGGAAAUCAGCCUCCGUCAAAGACCCAUGCCCAGAGUAACCUUCCAGGCCGGUGACCCUUAUUACAUUAACAAGAGGACCAGGGAGGAGUUGCUGGCCAAGUGGAAGUUGGAGUUCCCUAUGUUGCAGGCAGAGAAGAAGGCAAAACUGGUGUCUGUGAUGAACUCAAUGGAGGAACUUGGCGAGUUAGAAUCAGAGCCCCAGAAACAGAGCUCCAUAGUCACCGUCCCAAUGCUGUUUCCUCCAUCAGCACCGCCUACUCAGACAAGCCUCAAACCCCAGCAGCAACCUCCACCAUUUCAACAGCAACAGCAGCAGCCUACCGAUCCAGCCUCUCCAACUGUUGCUACCACACCAGAGCCCGUGUCUAUAGGAGAUGGAAACAAGACCUCACCCAAGUCCGCUGAGUCAGAGUAUGAGGAUGGCAGAGGUUUCGGCAUUGGAGAGUUUGUUUGGGGGAAGUUACGAGGAUUCUCCUGGUGGCCAGGUCGCAUUGUGUCCUGGUUGAUGACUGGACGCAGCCGAGCAGCAGAAGGCACCAGAUGGGUCAUGUGGUUUGGUGACGGCAAGUUUUCUGUGGUCUGUGUUGAGAAACUGUUGCCUUUGAGUUCUUUCCACAACGCCUUUCACCAGCCAACCUACAAUAAACAACCAAUGUACAAGAAAGCCAUCUUUGAGGUGCUACAGGUAGCCAGCACUAGAGCAAGCAAAACCUUUCUCACAUGCCCUGAGAGUGACGAAACUGACACUUCCAAGUCAGUAGACAUGCAAAACAAACAGAUGAUUGAAUGGGCCAUGACAGGAUUUCAGCCAACGGGACCUAAAGGUCUGGAGCCAACUGAAGAGGAGCGUAACCCAUACAAGGAAGUAUACCCAGAGAUGUGGGUGGAGCCAGAAGCGGCGGCCUACAUGCCCCCACAAGCAAAAAAGCCCCGCAAGAGCACAGCCACAGAGAAACCCAAGGUCAAAGACAUCAUCGACGAGAGGACUCGAGAGAGACUUGUUUACGAAGUUCGUCAGAAAUGUAGAAACAUUGAAGACCUCUGCAUCUCCUGUGGCAGCCUUAAUGUUUCCCUGGAGCACCCGCUUUUCAUCGGAGGAAUGUGCCAAAGCUGUAAGAACUGUUUCCUAGAAUGUGCAUAUCAAUAUGAUGAUGAUGGCUACCAGUCCUAUUGUACUAUCUGCUGUGGGGGGAGAGAAGUGCUCAUGUGUGGAAACAAUAACUGUUGCAGGUGUUUCUGUGUGGAAUGUGUGGAUCUGUUGGUGGGGCCCGGCGCAGCACAGGCAGCUAUUAAAGAGGACCCGUGGAACUGCUAUAUGUGUGGACAGAAAGCACAAUGCGGUCUGCUGGAGCGCCGGGCAGACUGGCCUUGUAGGCUGCAACACUUCUUCGCCAACAAUCACGAUCAGGACUUUGAACCACCAAAGCUCUACCCUCCGGUUUUGGCAGAGAACAGAAAACCCAUUCGUGUGCUGUCACUUUUUGAUGGGAUCGCAACAGGGCUGUUGGUUCUAAAAGAGCUGGGGAUCCAGGUGGAGCGCUACGUGGCCUCAGAAGUGUGUGAGGACUCCAUUACUGUGGGCAUUGUUCGGCACCAGGGACGCAUCAUGUACGUGGGUGAUGUGAGGAACGUCACCCGCAAACACAUCCAGGAAUGGGGUCCAUUUGAUCUUGUCAUAGGAGGAAGUCCAUGCAACGACCUCUCCAUAGUGAAUCCUGCAAGGAAAGGUCUCUACGAGGGCACGGGUCGGCUCUUCUUUGAGUUUUACCGGCUGUUACACGAGGCUCGACCUAAAGAGGGAGACAACAGGCCUUUCUUCUGGCUCUUUGAGAACGUGGUGGCCAUGGGCGUCAGCGACAAGAGGGACAUCUCUCGCUUUUUAGAGUGCAACCCUGUCAUGAUUGAUGCUAAGGAGGUGUCUGCUGCCCAUAGAGCGCGCUACUUUUGGGGUAACCUGCCUGGCAUGAACAGGCCGUUAUCUGCCAUGUGCACUGAUAAACUGGACCUUCAAGACUGUCUGGAGCAUGGCAGGACAGCUAAGUUUGACAAAGUGAGGACUAUUACCACUCGGUCAAAUUCCAUAAAGCAAGGCAAAGACCAGCACUUCCCUGUCUUCAUGAAUGAAAAAGAAGACAUCCUGUGGUGCACUGAGAUGGAGAGGGUGUUUGGCUUCCCUGUCCACUACACAGACGUUUCUAACAUGAGCCGUCUGGCCAGGCAGAGGCUGCUGGGGCGGUCGUGGAGCGUCCCGGUCAUCCGUCACUUGUUUGCACCACUCAAAGAGUACUUUGCCUGCGUCUGAACUCAAAACACAGUACAGAUGAGAAAAAUCAAAACUGAUGUAAUACCAAGAGCCUUGAAUUUAUGCUCUUGUAUGUUAUUAGCAAGUUAAACAUCAGAAAAUGUAUUUCCUGUUUGUUUUCCUCUGGUUUAGAAUGAUUGACUCGUUUAAAUUCUAUUUAAAUUUUUUAUUAUUCAUUUUACUUUUUUAGCAGUGUUAUCCAGUAUUUGAAUUGAUUUAUGUGUGCAAGCUAUACUUGAGACAUGGACUCCUUUUAAGGCACUGAGAGACGAUAUGACAACAAUCAGAGGCGUAAAUGAGGAAAUUUGAUCAGACGGAAUAUACCAUGGCCAAAAGUAUGAGGACUCCCCUUUCUAAUUAGCAGUUGGGCUGGUCCCCUUAAAGGGAUAGUUCACCCAAAAAUGAAAAUUCUCUCAUCAUUUACUCACUUUCAUGCCAUUCCAGAUGUUUAUGACUUUCUUCUGCAGAACACAAACGAAGAUUUUUAGAAAAAUAUCUCUGCUCUGUAGGUCCAUAAAAUGCAAGUGAAUGGUGACCAAAAUUCAAUCCUUUUUUUUACUAUAAAUCUCUACUCUCUAGAAUGUGAAAGUGAAAGUGGAGAUUUAUAGUAAAAAAAAAAGGACUAACAUUGAUCUGUUUCUCAACCAAAAAUAUCAAAUCGCUUCAGAGGACAUGGAUUUAACCACUGGAGUCCUAUGGAUUACUUUUAUGCUGCCGUUAUGCGAUAUUUGGAGCAUGAAAGGUAUGGUCACCAUUCACUUGUGUUGUAUGGACCUACAGAGCUGAAAUAUUCUUCUAAAAAUCUUCGUUUGUGUUCUGCAGACGAAAGUCAUACACAUCUGUGAUGGCAUGAGGAUGAGUAAAUGAUGAGUUCCCUUAAAAGGCAUAGUUUACCCAAAAAUUAAACCAUCGCCAAUAACAGUUAAUCACUUACAAUGGAAGUUAAUGGAGCCAGAUGAUAAAUGUUAAAAUACACACUGUCAAAAGUAUAGCCACAAGACAUAAACAUGAUAUGUGUUAACAUGAUUUUAGUGUGAUAAAAUCACUUACUAAGGUUUUUCGUGUAAAGUUAUAUAAAAAAAACAACAACUUCAUUGUCAGGACGACAUAAUGCCGCAAACCCUGUAAUCUAGUAAACAGCAUAACGCUGGUAAAUCCCUGAAUUUAUCACACUAAAAUCAUGUUAACAUGUAUAAUCUUUACGUCUUGUGGCAAUACCUUUGAAACCAUGUGUAUUUUAACGUUUAUCAUCUGGCCCCAUUCACUUCCAUUGUAAGUGCCUUACCAUAAAUGUGAUUUGAAUUUUUUUGCAUUUUUAUUUUUUAUCAACUUGUACAACUUGGAACAUUCCUUCAAUCCCCAUGGUUUUUAAGUAAAUGCUGAACAAGCACAUAUGGGUGUGGUGUUUAGGUGUCCACAUACUGUAGGCUAUUUAGUGUAUCAGAAGAAAAUUGAUAAAGCUUUUAAGUUAGCCCAAACAUUUCCACUUCCUGAGUUUUUGAUUAUCAAGCAGCAUUGGGGUGCCGAUCAGUCUAAUUCUCAUGGUGCGCGUCUCUCCUCUCCUUCAGCAUCUGAGCCUUGGUGAGAGUGAAAGAAGGGUGUCUAUCUCUUCAGUGUCAGGGGAGCUCUGUCUUAAUCAAUCCAAAACACCAGAUCACAAAUACCUCUUUGUUUACAGUUUCUAUACACAACUGAAGGUAAUAAAAGGUACUACUGUAAUAGGUGACAAUAUGGUGCUUCAAGGUGGUGAAAAACAUUGCAACUCAUGUGGUGCUACUUCCCAAAACAAGAUGGGGGUCACGUUUUGUACGGUGCCGGGUAAAACGAAUGACGCUAAAACAUCAACAGGUCAAGCCAGGUCUGCCACAUCUCAUUUUAUAUCUUUUUUUACAGCCUUUUUGUACAAUGUCCUCUGGUGCUCUUUAAAAAAAACAAAAAAAAACGCCUCAGCCUUUCAAUCUUUGAGGUCUGCUUCCUACAGUCUGCUUGCAACCGGAGUGCAUGAAAACCAGCCACAUGGGCAGUGAUGUUUUUUGUCAUCCAUACCUUGAAAUCAAAGGCUGUGGUGAGCUAAUUUUUUUACUAGUGUCACACAGACCAGAAUCAUUACUGUACAACUCGUAGUGUGCGUUGCGGCUGCAGGAUGGGUAGCGUCGGUCCUUUCUCGGCCAGGUGAAUCAACCUUUGACUGUGGUGCGCGCGCAGACUAUUUUCAGUCAGGUGCAAAACUUUAAAAGGUGCGGCUUCACAAUGUUCUUCUACCUUUUUAUAGCAAUUUUGUGCUGUGUUACCAACAAUAUCAAGCACUUUUGUAUAUGUAUACUUCUUUAUUUCUUUGAUAUUUUUUAAAAAUCUUUCCUCUUGAUUCUUGUGAAUUGUUUUUCGGGUUAUGUUAAAUGAUGUGAAACUCUUGCCGUUAUAUAAGGUAAUACUAUGUUGUGUACAGUAGGGCUGUGCCAAUAGAUGUGAAAGAAUGAGCUAGGAUAGAAUAAGUCCAUCUGUCGUGCUAGUGGUGAAGGGGCUGAAUUCAAAUACCACCCCUCUCAUGUUCUCACGUGCUACAGAGUCGCUUUAUCAUAACUCGCGUCGAGAAAGUAGUGUCUGCUCACAGUUCUACCGGUAUAUAAUCCAAAAGUGAGUGUGUUUGUUAAAUAUCCCUGUAGGAAAUUAGUCGUUUUCACAGAUGGGGUGUCAUCAUGACACAAUCAUUAACUACGUCUGGUCCCUAGCGUAGAUCUGAAAACAUAAUUAUGGAUGUUGACCAUGUCAAUAAUUUAGUUGUAACAUGCAAGCUAUGUAAUAGAUGAGGCUAAAUUUGUGAAUUUGGUUAGAAAUGGGCUCUAAUGAAAACCUUGUUAGCUUCUUUUUUUAAUUUAAGGCAUUGCACUGCUUACAUACCUUAAACAUUUUUCAUGUUCAGCAAUGUUUCUUGUUAUUUUCCAAAUGCCCAGAUUUCUUUUUGUACAUUUUGUACAUAAAAAUUGUCUGUUGCUUUUUUUUUAAAUGACCUAUGAGAUGUACAAAUAUAAUUCUUUGCUAAUAUAUUAUCAUUGAAUCAAAACAGCACUCAAAUCGCAAAGAGGGGGUGUAAUUGACACAAUAGCAACAGGUAAAUUGACAUAAGCUAUAAAGAAGCAGGGUGUUAGAACUGUGUGUCUUUUGUAACUCAUAUUUAUGUGUUAAAUGGGGGGAAAACUAAAGAAUGAGGUCGCUAAGUAAUUUUAACAGUCCCAUCUUUACUGCACAGCCCUACAUACAAAAGUGUGUUUCAAUUUGCUUUUUAAUUCUUUUUUUUUAAUUAAGAGAGGGAUUGUAGGUGUUUCCUAAGGUGCUAAACAUUUUAUCUAAUUGAGAAAAAUAUAUUAUUUGGAAAAGAUAUGAACUUUUUUUUUUCCUUUUAUUAUUGGAGAAACACUUAUUUUACUCACUCAUAUAAAGAUAUUAACAAAGGCAUUUUAACUUUGUACUUGAAAAAAAUAAUAAAUGAUGAAAGAUUCUUAUAUUGUUUUAGAAUAGAUAUUGCUGUAGUUGGUGCUUAUCUGUGGGAAAUCAUGUACUCAUAAUGGGAAAUGACAAAAAAUAUUAUAAUAACAUUUGCUGUUAACAUGAACUUGCUUAAUAUCCAGGCAGAAUUGCUUCUAAGUCCUACAUUCCAUGCCUUAUAUCCAACCCUCCAUUCUCUUGUUUUGUUUUUUAGUUUCAUUUUGUCAUUUUAUUUUCUCUGUUUUGUUAAAUUUUGCUUUAUUUUGGUAUAUUAUAUUUUUGGCUGUAACAGCCAUUUGUUUGCUCUCCAAGCAGGUUCUCUGUAUAUCUCAGUGACACUGUUGAUCUGUGUGAGCUCUGUUGUGUCAUAUAAACUUAUUUUCAGGCCUUCUCUCCUUCUGCAAUCAGCUCAUACAGCAAAUGUAGCAGUCAUUCACCACCUCUCCCCAUUUCUUUCGUUAUGUGCCCAGAACGAAGAAAAAAGGCUCCUUAUGUACUUGUGCUGGAGAACACUUGAAUAAAUGUAUUGUUUUUUGUGGAAAAAAA